CUUGCGCUGGAGCUGCGGUGGGGAGACCCUCCAGUGUCUGCAGGGAAGGAAGCAGAGAAGCCGGCAGUGUCGCAGGGCCUGACCGGAACCAGAACCUAUUUCCCGGCACCCCAGGACAGAGCAGGCGACUCCUCAGGCAUUGGGACCAGCACUGGGGCGAGCGCCCCCUCGGGGUCCAUGUGCCCACCCCGGCCCCUGGCGGAGGCGGGCCCCACUAUGACUGAGAAGGCAGAGAUGGGGUGUGCCCCCAGCCCAGCGCCUGCCCCACCCCCCCCACCAGCCUCACCUGGGCCCCCAAAGAUGGAUGAGGGGGGCUCCCCAGACUCCUCGCCCCCCAAGCUGCCCCCUGGUGUGCCCGUGAUCAGCCUGGGCCACACCAGGCCCCCCGGGGCAGCCGUGGCCAGUGCAGGGCUGAGUGGCCUGAGGCCCCCGCUGCUGCUGCCGGCCCCGCCCCCGCUGGCCCUGCAUUACCACCCUCACCCCUUCCUCAACAGCCUCUACAUUGGGCCGGCAGGACCUUUCGGCAUCUUCCCCAGCAGCCGGCUGAAAAGGGGACCGAGCCACUGUGAGCUGGACCUGGCGGAGGGGCACCAGCCCCAGAAGGUGGCCCGGCGCGUGUUCACCAACAGCCGCGAGCGCUGGCGGCAGCAGAACGUGAACGGCGCCUUCGCCGAGCUGCGGAAGCUGCUGCCCACGCACCCGCCCGACCGGAAGCUGAGCAAGAACGAGGUGCUGCGCCUGGCCAUGAAGUACAUCGGCUUCCUGGUGCGCCUGCUGCGGGACCAGGCGGCCGCCCUGGCGGCCGGGCCCACCCCGCCCGGGACCCGCAAGCGGCCGCCGCCCCGGGGCCCCGACGACAGCGCGCGCCGCGGGCCGGGCCGCCGAGCCGAGCCGGGCGUGCGCCCGCCGCCGCCGCCGCCGCCGCCCUCAGCCAGCCCCGACGGUCACCCGGGCGCGAUGGGCCGACCCAUCAAGACAGAGCAAGGCGCCGUGAGCCCCGAGGUGCGGUAACGUCGGCGGGGCCGCCUCGGUGUCGCGGGGCGCUGGGGACUCAGCCCGGGGCCGUCGAGGACGGGGCGCACGCCCCGCGCUGCACCUGCUCAGGACGUUCGCGAACCUCCCCCACGGGAGCGGGACCCAGGAGGGCGGCGCAACGUGGGAAGGGGUCCCGGGGUCCGGAAGGGCGAGCGUCGGCCCGGGGACCCUCCCGCAGACCCUCUUCAUUAUAACGGUCAUCGGACCCAGUGGUGCCGCCUUUCUUUCUGGGGGCAGGUCGAGAGCCGCCGAGGGGGGC